UCAGACCUACAGAUAAAUUAACUGUUAAACAUUGACAUCAAAGUAAAAAUAAUUAACAUUAAGAUUGCUAUUACCUUCCAAACAAAAUCUUUAUAUUUUCUUGUUCCAGCCUCUGCUCUUUUGUAAAACAUUACUGCAUCAAACAUAUUUCCCCCCGGGCUAGUAUACCCAUCAUUUAUCAUUGAUAUGAAUUAUUCUUAUAUGUGGAUACACUGAACGAUAGACCUAAGGACACAUAAGAGGGCAAUCAUUUGACUUCUUGAGCACUUAACCUUUGCUGUAAAAUGUAUUUUAUAUUUAGAUGAGUCAGGGGGUGUGUGACACUGCAGUGUUUAAGAAAUGUAAUCCUCGGGGGUGGGCAUAAAGUGAAAAACGUUCCUAGUAAACCCUUCCAGUUGCUCCUUGCUUUCAUUUUCCUUCUUGUCCAUCACCCUGUGCCACUUGUCUGUCCAGAACACCUGACAAUGUCAAGUGUAAACACAGCAGCGAUGGAUCCUACCAAGAUGGGGGUUGGCCGGGCGAUUGCUGUGCUGACUUCAGGUGGAGAUGCCCAAGGAAUGAAUGCAGCUGUGAGGGCGACUGUCAGGGUAGGCCUGUACACUGGAGCUAAAGUCUUCUUCGUGCAUGAGGGCUAUCAGGGAUUGGUUGAUGGAGGGGAUAACAUUCGUCCUGCUACCUGGGAGAGUGUGUCCAUGAUGCUCCAGCUGGGUGGUACAGUCAUUGGCAGUGCCCGAUGUAUGGAUUUCCAGGCCAGGGAGGGGCGUUUGAAAGCUGCCUACAAUCUUGUCAAGCUGAGCAUCACCAACCUUUGUGUUAUCGGUGGUGAUGGCAGUUUAACUGGUGCUAACAUAUUUCGGACCGAAUGGAGCGACUUACUGAAAGAACUGGUUGCCAAAGGGCGUAUUACCAAGGAGGAAGCCAAAAAUUCAUCUCAUCUGAACAUUGUUGGCAUGGUGGGAUCUAUCGACAACGACUUCUGCGGAACGGACAUGACCAUCGGCACAGACUCUGCCCUGCAUCGCAUUAUCGAGGUGGUGGACAGCAUCACCACAACGGCACAGAGCCACCAACGUGCCUUCAUCCUGGAGGUCAUGGGAAGACAUUGUGGUUACUUAGCUCUGGUUAGUGCUCUUUCCUGUGGUGCCGAUUGGGUAUUUAUACCCGAGAUGCCCCCGGAUGAUGGGUGGGAGGACCAUUUGUGCAGAAGACUCACGGAGACCAGAAACAGGGGUUCUCGUCUCAAUGUGAUCAUUGUGGCUGAGGGAGCAAUCAAUAAAGAAGGAAAGCCAAUCACCUCUGACCACCUAAGAGAGUUGGUGACAAAGAGGCUGGGCUUUGAUACUCGUGCCACUAUCUUGGGUCAUGUGCAGAGAGGCGGCACACCCUCAGCGUUUGACAGAGUGCUUGGCAGUAGAAUGGGGGUGGAGGCCGUGAUGGCGUUGCUAGAAGCGACUCCAGAAACCCCUGCCUGUGUGGUCAGUCUGUCUGGAAACCAAGCUGUCAGACUUCCCCUGAUGGAGUGUGUGCAAGUGACUAAGGACGUCACAGUUGCUAUGAAAGAACGACGAUUUGAUGAAGCUGUGAAACUCAGGGGAAAGAGUUUUGAAAAUAACUGGAACACAUAUAAACUCUUGGCUCAUGUGCGGGUCCCAGACACCAAGAGCAACAUAAAUGUGGCUAUUUUGAACGUAGGUGCUCCCUGUGCUGGCAUGAACGCUGCUGUGCGUGCGGCUGUCAGGAUUGGCAUCAUCCAGGGCCACAACAUGCUUGCGGUUCAUGAUGGCUUUGAGGGACUGGCAGAGGCAAAGAUUGAGCCGAUUACCUGGAACACUGUUGGAGAUUGGACAGGAAAUGGUGGUUCUGUGUUGGGCACCAAAAGAGUUUUACCUGGAAAGUACUUGGAGGAGAUUAGUUUGAAUAUUGCCAAGUACAAUAUUCACGCUCUGGUCAUCAUUGGGGGUUUUGAGGCGUUUUCAGGUGGACUGGAGUUGGUUCAAGGCAGAGAGAAGUAUGAAGAGUUGUGUAUUCCCAUGGUGGUCAUUCCAGCCACCGUAUCGAACAACGUUCCUGGCUCAGACUUCAGCAUUGGAGCCGACACGGCCCUCAACACCAUCACCACGACUUGUGACAGGAUCAAGCAGUCUGCAGCUGGCACUAAGCGACGUGUGUUUAUUAUUGAGACUAUGGGAGGAUACUGUGGCUAUUUAGCUACGAUGGCUGGCCUCGCUGCAGGAGCAGAUGCUGCUUAUAUAUAUGAAGAGAAAUUUGCUAUUCGGGACUUGGAGACAAAUGUUGAGCAUCUUGUUGAGAAGAUGAAAACCACAGUUAAGAGAGGAUUAAUUCUCAGAAAUGAGAGCUGCAAUUCUAACUACACCACUGACUUCAUCUUUAACCUGUACUCAGAGGAAGGAAAGGGUAUAUUCGACUGUCGUAAGAACGUCCUCGGCCACAUGCAGCAGGGUGGCACCCCUACCCCUUUUGACAGAAACUUUGCCACCAAGAUGGGUGCUAAGUCUGUGCUCUGGAUAACAGAGAAACUGAAGGGGUGCUAUAGACAUGGACGAAUCUUUGCCAACACUCCAGAUUCUGCGUGUGUGUUGGGAAUGAGAAAGAGAGGCCUGAUGCUACAGCCUUUGGCUGAACUUAAGGGACAAACAGAUUUUGAGCACCGUAUACCAAAGAGCCAGUGGUGGUUGAAGCUGAGGCCUAUUAUGAAGAUCUUGGCCAAGUAUAAGAUCAAUCUGGACACCUCUGAGCAUGCUCCGAUGGAACAUGUCCUCAGUGACAAGCCUCCAGUACGAUUUUCUAGAAGUAAUGAUGAGCAAGAAUAAUGGACAUGUUUUGUCUACACCGCAAAUCAUUUUGCAAACACGGAAUUAUUGGUGACUUUGAAUGUUUGAAAUCUUUUUCGUCUUAUUAUCUACUUCUAAUUAUUUAUUCACCUAUCUCUCUUAUGCUUUCUGUAGUUUGUAUUAAGAGCAUCUGUGGUGACAGGGUAAUAUUGUACUGUCAAAAUCUGAAUUAAAAUAGUCUUAC